AGGGUUCACCGAUAGAUAGCAUACGGCGAGCAUACCUUAGCGGUUCGCGCAAACGUUUAAGAUAUCUGCGGCCAUCGAUAGCGAUUCGCAUGUACAAUUAGCGACUGGCCCAAAAUGGAUAGCGAUUCGCGUGCACACUUUAGUGAAUGUCAGAAUUCGGCGCGGUUUGAAAAUGUAGGUUUAUAUGACCCAGGUUGAGUAGUCGAGAUUUGAAAAAAAUCGUUUUAAUUUCAUUUUUUAUGUAAUUGGAAAGUUUUUGCACACAAAAGUGGUGUGAAAAUUAAUGUUCAUUAUCAUAAAGCAUAAAUUUAUUGAUUUUCAGCGUUGGUUAAAAAAAUAAUAACAAAACUAUGUGAAACAUGAGAAGAACAGCCAUGUGGAGAAUUCAAACAUGGAUGUAUAUACACGAAUUCAAAAUUGAUGCGCUCACGAAAAAAAAUCCGUUCAGGUAAUGAAAAUAUUUAGCAUAUUGGUCCAGCAACCGAAGCGUUCACAGUUUUACCAAACGAUUAACAAUCAGAGCAUCAUUUGCGGUAUAAUUAUACAUUCCUUCGUUGUUUUUGGUUUUGGCAAUCAUCCUUUUAAAGGUACGAAUUUCAGCACAAUUAAAAAGUGCUACAACUAGAAUUCUCAUUGAAUUUGAGUGUUUUCUAGGUGUUUGGCUACGAUAGGAGCUCUUGCUUGUUGAAGUGCGCCCGUGCAACAUUUUUCUUGUCGGUAAAUUUGUUUUAUUAACGCACCGUGAAAGAAUACAAUAUGAAUUCCAGCCAAAGCUCUGUACAAGAGGAAAAUGCAAGCUGCGCUAUGCAAGCACCUCGCCGCCGAAAAACUACCAGCAACGAAGAUAGAGAGCGCUUGGUAACGGCGUAUGAAAACGGAGGCACUGCAGCUACGAUUAGCGAAAUGUUUAAUUUGAAAAAACCGACUGUCCAUGGCAUCAUCAAAAAAUACCAAACCCAAUGGCAAAUCGAGGCAAAGAAGCGUGGUGGCAACAGAUCUAAACUAUUGUCGCAGCAAGCCGUAAAUGAUGUUCGGAACUGGGUCGACGAGGACUGCACGGUGACGCUUAAAGCACUCGCAGAGAAAGUGUUCGAACAACACGGUGUUCGAGUUUCGUCCACAACCACAGCGAGGGAAAUAAAAGGAUUCAACUACUCUCUGAAGAUGGUCAAACUGUUACCGGAGGGACGCAACACACCAACGACUGUCGAAGACAGGAAACAUUACGCUACACAAUUUUAUGAAAUUGCGCGCGGAAUUCCGGAUAAUGGUUUAAUCUAUUUAGACGAAGUAGGAUUUAACGUCCGUAUGCGUACGCUAAAAGGACGAUCGCAGAGAGGAACACCGGCCACCAUCACCGUUCCACAGUUAAGGACUAGGAACAUCUCCAUCAUUUGUGCUAUGCAUCGGUACGGCGUGCUGCUUUACACCACACACACUCGAUCCGUAAACCGUGAACGGUUUAUACAGUUUAUUGAAGAACUAAAGCAAACCCUGCGAUCGAAGAACAUUAACAGCAGCUACUUUAUAAUGGAUAAUGUAGCUUUCCACAAAACACCCGCAGUAAGAGUUGCAAUCGGAAAUGAUAGCGACAAACCUUUAUAUCUACCACCCUACUCACCAUUCCUUAAUCCUAUUGAAAAUCUUUACAGCCAGUGGAAGAAUUUUGUGAGGCGAAGCAAUCCUUCAAAUGAGGAUCAAUUGAUGCAAGCGAUUCGGAAUGGAUCCAGGCUAAUAACCGCACAGGAUUGCGAUGGCUACAUUUCGAAAAUGUGGCAAUACAUGACUCGUUGUUUGAGGGGCGAAGAAAUUUUAGAUUUAGUUAUGUAUAAAUAUAUAUAAGAUUAGAAAGUAAGAUUUUAGUUUUAAUGUGUAACAUAUUGUACUGACGAUGCUUAAAAAGAUGAAAUGUAAAUAAUGCUGCCGGACGAAUUAAAA